AUGGCUGCAUCACUGCUUGGUCUGCCACGCGAAAUUCGCGAUGAGAUCCUCACGCUUGCUAUUUCCCAUCAGCGGCCUAUGCCUGGCAGUCCUUAUCUCAACGGCGAGUCAAGAAAUCGAAGAAAGCUAGAGGAUAUCAAUUACAAAUCGUGGUGUUUCGGUCCGAGCAACGUCAAAUACGACAAGCGGGAGAUCAAGAACAAUCUCUUCGGCACACUUCACUCGCUGCUGCUUGUCAACCACCAGAUCGCUGCAGAGACAAGGGCGGUGCUCACUCGCAGCCGCAAGGAAUACACACUCGACUUGAGGGUCGUCAAUGAGAAGGAGGUCUGGCCGACGUGGACGAUGAUUCCUGCGCCGUACCGACACCUCGACAAAGUGACGGCUACCGUUCGCCUCUUCGACUCUGGGAACAGUCAACAGACACGUGCCAUCGAUAGAUAUUUCCACACGGGCGAUAGAACACCACCAAAGAUCACCUGGUGCUUUUAUACGGUACUCGAGCGGUUUCUUCGGUGCGGGCCUCUGGCUCCCUCUUUGCCAUUCAUCUCGCGAUUUCUGGCGAGGCCCAUCGGCUUCGACCAAGGCUUUACCAUCAAGACCCUGGUUCUCGACUUUCUGUCUCCUCCGCCGCCGCCUCCCAAGAAUCCCAAGGAAACAGUGAAAGAUGGAGCAUCGGAUCUCGCGACGUCUAACGAGCAGGAAAGUGUUGACUCGAUGGUGCUGUACAAGGCCGACUGGCUCGCCAACUUUGUCCAGAUGUAUAUGAACGCGCUGCUCAUGAUGUCGUACCACACCGCUGCAUACGGAGGGAUUUUAUACGAAAGAAUCGGGAAUAUCGAGCUUCGAGUGGAUGGGGAGCUUCUUAAAGCAGUCCCUCUCGACAAAACUCUGGCCGAACUGUGGUACAACGAUCCCCUGGAGACGUUUGGUGAGGUUUGGCCGAGCGAAUAUCGCAUCCCUGUCUUUCGAGCCUGGAAGAAGAAAGCCCUGUUAAUGAGAAAGGCAGCGAAUUUGCCAGUCAUAUGGCCAAACGAGGAUGAACUUGCAGAGUUGGACCUGAGAGACUGCGACAAAAAUUAG